CCAUACAUCGAAAUUUCCAUUUGCAGCAAAACUCCAAUCAAGUAGACGAAGCAAAAAUAUCACCAAGUCGAUAAGUCGAUAAGUCAAUAAGCCAAAAUGGGUAUCCCUCAAAAAUCAACUAAAACUAAGACGAGGAGAAGAUUGAGGCAAGUUAAAUACAAUUCAAUUAUUGGAAAGUUUUCUUUUUGUGCGCCGAACUAAUAUUUUCCAUUACAGAGAUCUCGAUCAAAUCUCGGCCGAUAUUCGUUCACCAAAACAUCUAGCACAACACAAAGACUCGAAAGCUGCAGAAGAUUUGCCAGGUUUGGGAAAAUGGUAUUGCAUCCAGUGUGCGAAAUGGUACGAAUCGGAAAAUAGUAUGCUGUCGCAUCUUAAAGGCAAACCUCAUAAGAGAAGGUAUGUUAAAAGAUUAUGAAGAAGAAUUCUAACAGCAUUAUGCUAAUUCCCUCCUAUAGGGUCAAGGCAUUAAAGGAAGGACCAUAUACACAAAGAGAUGCAGAAGCUGCUAUAGGACAAGGCCCUCCAGAUAAUGGUAUCAGAAAUAAGGCUUUAGAUGUAGAGGUUGAGAUGGAAAACUCUGGGUUACUUGACGACCAGGAAACCUGAGUAUAUGCAUCGUAUUCUCCUCCAUGAAGUAAUAAUGGAGGGUUUAUCAAAGCUCAGUCCGUCGUGACUGCUACUAUAAAUCUAUGACGGGGU